AUGAAAUUCCUCUGUUUGUAUGGAAUGGGAACUAAUUCGACCGUGCUCGAGUUCCAAUUAGCUCCCAUUAUUGUGAAUAUCGACCCUUCGCACAAGUUCGUCUACGUCGACGGUUUGGUGCAGUGCAAAGCUGCGGAAGGGAUUGAGGGCAUCUUCCAGCCGCCUUUCUACUGUUAUCACGUCGCCAAGAGACAGAGCCGAACCCCCCCGGAUCUAUUUCGAAUAGCCGUGGUCAUCUCUUCAAUCCUACCGUUCGAUCUCGAGAACGACCUAAAUACUGAGAGUCAUAAAGAUAUUACUUUUCCUGAUUCUGACAUUGUCGAGAUUGAAUUAAGCUAUCUUGAAGGGUUCGUGGAAUCGGUCCAAUUCUCCGCCCCCGUCGACGAAUCCUCAUCUAAGAUUGGAAUUCUUCGCCGAUAUAGUACCGGUAUGGUUAAAAGCAAGAUACGGAUUCCUACAGUACACAUAAUAGGUGAAGGGGACCUGUUUAAACCUGCUUCGGUAGAUUUUUGCUCGGGGAAGGCGAGUGUUGUCAACCAUUCUCUUGGCCAUAGACUUCUACGAGAUGCUGGUUUCUCUCGCCGCUGGGGGAUAGUAGAUACUGUAGUUAUAUUAAAGUCUAAAACUUAGAAUGUUUCUCGUCUCCCUUAUGUAUUAUAUUAGUUGAUAUGCAAAUGCUGUAUGUCCCAAUUUCGACCCAGAUCCCGAUUCGGUCUCGCUUAAGUCAUUACAUAACUUUCAUGACCAUCCUUCCCGUUCAUGAGUGUUAUCUUAUUUAGUCACUUAGCUUUCAUUAUGUAUGCGACAAGAUACACACUAUAAAGAAAUAUCGUCGCCACUAAACUACCUAUAAAUAAUCUCUUCGAUUGGGGCGAGAAGCAACUAGGUAAGCAGGUAUGGGUAAGCGAUUCGCCUAUACCUAGAGCAGAUUAAGAGCAGGUUGAACAUAGGUUUGGUCGUGUAUUUGGAUCUUUCUAAAAGUUGACGUUGUC